AUGGCUCCGCCGCGCCAGCGCACCGCCGCCAUCGUGGAUGACUCGAGGUCCGAAGCCUCAAGCGGCACGCGAGAAUUCAAGACCAGUGCCCCCAAGAGUCGAAAGACGGGUGCCGCAGCCAAAGAAAAGGCCUCCGUGACGAGUGUACCGAGUACUGCGGAGAAAGCCGCCCAAGAGCAACCUCGGGUCCCUUGGUCCGAUCUGUCCCUCGAGAUUCUUCACGCCUACCGCCAUGUCCACAAACUCCCUACACCCUCUGCAUUCUCCACCGACUAUUCCCGUCUCAUACUCUCUCAAGGCGUUGGGCUUCGUUCGCCAACCGCCCUCGCCGCUCGUCGAGCCCAGUCAAAUCGUGCCUCUGGUCGUGAGCGUAACAAUGUCUCGGCGCAGGACGCAGACUCCUCGUCCGCGUCUCCGCUGCACCAAUUGGUCGGCCAGGAUCGCGUGAGCAAAGAUCAAUUUGCGACGGUGGUCCGAAAACAUUUCAACAGCGCUGGUCUCAGCGAGCAAGAGACCAUUGCACGAUUCCUAUACACUGUGCGUGAGGAACGACGAGGUCGUCAAUUUCGACUGCGGUUCCAGCCAUGA